AUGAUCAUCCUCAUUCUUCAGAAAUACUGGAAGACCAAACAGACCCUCAUCAAGGUGACUGGCAAGAAGGAAGAUGAACAUGUGGUGGCCUCAGACUCUGAUCUAGAUGCCAAACUGGAGCUUUUUCAUUCAAUCCAGAGGACGUGUAUGGAGCUCGUAAAAGUCAUAGAGCAGUAUCAGAAGCGGAUAUGCUUUUUGUCCCAGGAAGAAAACGAAUUGGGGAAAUUCCUCCGUUCGCAGGGCUCUCAGGAUAAAUCCCGAGCCGGGAAAAUCAUGCAGGCCACAGGGAAGGCGCUCUGCUUCUCCUCCCAGCAGAGGUUGGCCUUACGUGCCCCAUUAUCCCGACUUCACCAGGAGGUGGAAACAUUUCGUUAUAGAGCAAUAUCUGACUCCUGGCUGACUGUCAACCGCAUGGAACAAGCCAGGACUGAGUACAGAGGCGUACUACUCUGGAUGAAAGACGUGUCUCAAGAACUCGACCCCGAUCUCUACAAGCAGAUGGAGAAAUUCCGAAAGGUCCAGGCUCAGGUCCGUCACACCAAAGCUACUUUUGAUAGACUGAAAACAGAUGUGUGUGAGAAGGUGGACCUCCUACGUGCCAGCAGAUGUAACCUGUUAUCUCAUGUCCUGACUACAUACCAGACCACUUUGCUUCAUUUUUGGGAGAAAACGUCUCACACAAUGGCAGCAAUUCAUGAAAGCUUCAAGGGGUAUCAGCCAUACCAAUUCACCACACUAAAGAGUUUACAGGAUCCCUAUAAUAAGCUAAGUCACCAAAGUAAGAAAAAGUCGAAAGGCGAGGAAAACCCUUCCGAUAACCCGGAUGACACUCAACUCAUCUCACUGGAUGACCAGCAGCAGGCCAAUGAGGAUCACGAUUCUUUAGCCAUGUCUGCAGGCACCCUGGAUGACUUGUUAGACCUGAAUGCAGAAGAGAGAUUUCUAUUUGAAGACAGUGCCAUGUCCAAGGUUCCGCUAUCAGACCCAACAGAGGAGGACUCCCUGGAGAAGGACGAGAUGCAGCUACUAAAUGAGAUCAUGGGCGCCUCAGCUCUGGAUGGUGGAGACCUCAGCAAAGAGUGGACAGAAGUAUUCGGGGAGCCGCUGUUCAACAGUCAGCUCUUGAGUCCGACUAGCGAGGAACUGGAACCUAAAGCUGAACCACCAUCUGGUUUCCUACCAUCACAAUUGCUAGACCAAAACCUGAGCAGUCUCCAUUCUUCAUUAUACGACUGGACCGCAUUCAGUGGGGCCUUAUCUUCAACACCAUCAUCAUCCUCAGCCUCUUCAUCCACAACCAUCCAUCAAAACAGCAAUGCAGCUCCACAGAAAGAUGUAUCUAAAAGCACAAAAGACCUUUCCACUUGGUACAACCUCUUCGCAGAUCUCGAUCCUCUAUCGAAUCCCGACGCCGUAGGAAAAACAGACAAGGAACAUGAACUGAUGAACGCAUAACUGCUUCCUGUGUCUCUGCGGAUGCCCCUCCCUCAACAAGCACCCCUAUCUCC